AUGACUGACUGUGCGAGUGAACAGAAAUUGCUGAGUGAACUUCGUGUGACCGAGCUGAAGCACGAACUGGAGAAACGAAACUUGGACAAGAACGGAAUCAAGAUCAUUCUCACGGAUCGCCUAGAGAAGGUACGAAUUGAAAAUGGGAACGGCGUUGCAAAAGGUGAUCAUAACGAGGAGGCACUCCAAAUGGAUACCGAAGCAGCGCAGCUGGCAACUAACAGUGACAUUGAGAAAGCAGAUAACAUGUGUGACAAUGCUAAAGAGCUAAUCACAGCUGAUGAGCUUGCACCAGCAGCGUUUUUGACGACGAACGACGAGGAGAUGCUAGAAGAUCCGCUCGCUGACGUUCCUGCCGAGAGCACGACACCAUCUGCUAAACUAGCGGUUACCAUUUCAGCUCAGCUUCCAGCUAAAACACCAGUGCAGGCUCCACUUCCCGAUGAGAAAGAGAACGACAUCGCAGCGCGUUCGAUUUGGGUUCGUGGUCUCACUUCUGCUACUAAAGCUGCUGAUCUCAAGGUGUUAUGUACACAGUAUGGCAAAGUUGUGCGUGCGAAAAUUUACACCUCGAAGAAGCAGUCGACGUCGGCAUGUUAUGGAUAUGUGACGAUGGCCGACACUGCAGCUGCUGAGAGAGCAGCAGCCGCUAUGCAUAAGACACAGAUCAGAGGACGCACAAUCUCCGUCGAGAAGGCAGAUAGAUCGAAAGUUCCUGCCGUUAAACCUACAGCCGCGACUCCGAUGAAGAAAGAUGCGAGCAACGAGUCACCAGCUAAACGUGAUUCUGAGAAAAAGCUAACAGUUGAUGGUUCUAAGAAUAAAGCAGAAGUGGUCACUGAGAAAUGUCAAAGUGCCGAUGCGAAAACAAAAAGCGCAGGUUCUUCGACAUCAGCUCUAUCAAAGCGUGACAAUUCGCGGAGUGACAGAAAGAGAGACGACAAAGAGAGACAACGUUCUUCAAACAACGAAAGACGCGACAGUGAGAAACUGUCGAAGUCGUCAGUUGGGAGGCGUGAUUUCUCACGAAGAGUGGUUGCUCGGGAUCCACGACGUGAUUCUCAGAGAACUAUAUCCGCUGCUCGGCGGUAUCCUCUUACGCGCGGUAUCACGUCGCACACUCUCCGGGGACGAAUUACGCGACCUGGCGAACGGGGAGGUUAUGUGUCGUCAAUCCGUCGUCCAGAGGCAAUGAGUCAGCGCGACCUGCUCACGUUGAUGCGUCGUAAGGAAGAAGAGCACCGUCGUAGAGAGGCUGAGAUCGAAAAAGAACGUGCACUAGAGAGAGAGCGCGAGAGGAUCCGUUUUGAGCGUGAGCAACUCGAAAAGGAGCGCUUGCAACUUCAGCUACAAGCAGCGCUACAACAACAGAAAAUGGUUGCCAUGAGCUCUUCACGCACCAAAGAUUCGUAUGCACCCCGUUCAUCAAGCAGGAGUCGCCAUAGUGAGUACCGCUCAUCUCGCGAUGGAAGAGGAGAUAAACUUAGUUCUCCAUCACCACGUCAUCGUUCAUCAGAUCAUCUUCGUCUAGAGUGGAACGUGAUCGUUCUGAACAUAAAUCAAGUGCCGCAACUAGUCGAGGACGAAGUCGACAUGAUUCUUACAGUUCUCCACGCCGACAUGGCUCAUCACAGCCUGCAACAUACUCAUCGGGAAAGGAAUACGAGAGAGGGUACUCUUCGUCACGGUCGUAUUGGAAGUAGUACUGGUUGGGGAUCGUCUUCAGGGGCAGGCUUCGGUUCGUCGUCUGCGUGGGAAAGAAAUGGAGGAGCAACAGAAGUGGGGGAUGGUCGACAUUUGGCAGUGGUGGAGGAGCUUCGACAAGCGGUGGUAUGCGAUAUGAUUACGACAAAUAUCAGCAACGCUUCUGAAUUUGAAAUGAUUGAAAUGAUACUAUGGUGGUGA